GCACCGCGCCUUUAAGACGCCCAGCAGAGGCGGGCCUGGAGCUGAGAGCCAGUGUGCUCCCAGGCUCCGCGCAGCAGCCGGGUCCGAGCUGGGGGCCAGGACCAGGGACGGGCGUCUGGAUAGCGCAGGGGUUCCAGACGGCUGAGGUCAGAGUCUCCUUUUCAGCUUCUGCCAGAGCCAGUAGCAGUUGGGAAAGAAGGCUGUGCUCUUUGAAGACCCCUCUAGGUAUAAGCCAGACCUAAAGAGCAGGAUGGAUCUUGACGUGGUUAACAUGUUUGUGAUCGCGGGCGGGACGCUGGCCCUUCCGAUCCUGGCAUUCGUAGCCUCUUUUCUCCUGUGGCCUUCAGCCCUGAUAAGAAUCUAUUACUGGUACUGGCGGAGGACGCUGGGCAUGCAGGUCCGCUAUGUGCGCCACGAGGACUAUCAGUUCUGCUACUCCUUCCGCGGCAGGCCUGGCCACAAACCUUCCAUCCUCAUGCUCCAUGGGUUCUCUGCCCACAAGGACAUGUGGCUCAGCAUGGUCAAGUUCCUCCCGAAGAACCUGCACCUGGUCUGCGUGGACAUGCCAGGGCAUGAGGGCACCACCCGCUCCUCACUGGAUGACCUGUCCAUAGAUGGGCAAGUCAAGAGGAUACACCAGUUUGUAGAAUGCCUCAAGCUGAACAAAAAGCCCUUCCACCUGGUAGGCACCUCCAUGGGCGGCCACGUGGCUGGGGUGUAUGCUGCUUACCACCCGUCAGAUGUCUGCAGCCUGUCCCUUGUGUGUCCUGCUGGUCUGCAGUACUCAACUGAUAAUAAAUUUGUUCAACGGCUCAAAGAACUGCAGGAGUCGGCCGCCGUAGAGAAGAUUCCCUUGAUCCCGACCACCCCGAAGGAGAUGAGUGAGAUGCUGCAGCUCUGCUCCUACGUGCGCUUCAAGGUGCCCCAGCAGAUCCUGCAGGGCCUUGUCGACGUCCGCAUCCCUCACAACACCUUCUACCGAAAGCUGUUUUUGGAAAUCGUCAGUGAGAAGUCGAGAUACUCCCUCCAUCAGAACAUGGACAAGAUUAAGGUCCCUACGCAGAUCAUCUGGGGGAAACAAGACCAGCUCUUCUGUUGUGAUGGUGACAUGCAGAGCAAAUGGCAGCAGAGCUCCCGGGAGCCCGCAGUCACAAAGCAGGAGGCGCUGUUGUUUGCCUGUUUCUAGUCGAAGCAUCUAUCAGUGUGCAUAAAGAAGUGUUAUGUAUAAGAUUUUCAAACGUGCAGUCUAUACAGUUUCGCACCUUAAUUGCUUCAUAUAUAUGAGAAAUAUGUACCUUGGAAAUCAUUUAAUAUCAGCUUGAAGAGAUCUACACAGUCUAGUGCUUUAAAUAUUUUAUUUUGAAAUAACCUCAAAUUUACAGGAUAAUUGUAGAGGUAGUACAGAGUACUCCUGUAUCUACUUUAUCUAGUUUCAUCAGUUUUAACUGCUUGUUCAAAAAUUCACGUGUUAUAAAAUUUACCUUGCUGCCCACCCCACUGCGGCCCCUGUGUAGAAUGCUUCUGUCAUCCUGUAAGUUCUCUCUUGCCCAUUUGCAGUUCAUCUCCAUUCCUGCCCCAGCGCUGUUCAACCACUGACCUGCUUUCUGUUUCUGAAGUCUUGUCUAGGAUUUAGUUAUCUAAAAUUUUCAUAAAAUGAUAUUUUACAGUGGUAGUCUUUUGCGUCUGGCUUCUUCCACUCAAGCGUGAUGUUUCUGAGGUUCAUCCAUAUCGUCGCCUAUGCCAACAGUUUGUUCCUUUCUAUUGCUGAGUGUCAUUCCAUGAUAUGUAUGUGCCACAUCUUACUUAUUACCAACUUUUUAACAUUUACCGCCUCAUCUAGGCAGAUCUAGAAAUACGUGUUUUGGGGCCAUUUGGAGUGAGCUGCUUGCGUCAUAUCCCUUUACCCCCAGUGCUUCAAGGGGUAUUUACUGCAACCCAGAAUAUUAUCUCACAUGAUCGCAGGACAUUGUCACACCUGGGACACGUAACAUUGAUGACAUAGCUUUUAACUAACGUACAGUCCAUAUUUCAAAUGGAUUCCUUGUUUCAGUGAUGUCCUUCAUAGAGUGCUCCUCCUCCUGCCCCUGUAGCCAGGAUCACAUACUGCUUAUUGUGUCUUUUUAGUUUCCUUUUAUAUAAAAUGAUGCCCUCUUUCUGCCUUAUCUUUUGUAACACUGAGAUAUUUGAAGAGUGUGGGCCAGUUUUUUUUUUUGGUGGGGGGCCAGUUAUUUUACAAAAUGUUCCUCAGUUUGAGUUGGUUGGCUGUUUCCUCAUGAUUAAAUUCGGGAUACAUAUCCCUGGCCAGAAUAUCUCAUGGGUAGUAAGACUUCACAUCCUCAGAAGGAGUAUGUCUUUCCUUCAGUGGCGGGAAUUUUUUAAACUAUUAUUUAUUUUGGGGGCUGCACCGUAUGGCAUGAGGGAUCUUAGUUCUUCAACCAGGGAUUGAAAUGGUGCCCUAGGCAGUGGAAGCCUCUUAACCUCUGGCCUGCCUGGGACAUCGAUGGGAAUUUUGAUUGAUCGUGACAUCUGAUUUCUUCAUUAUAGACAUUAUUUCUCCACUUGCAACUAAUAAGCAGUCUGCGGGGAGGCACUUUGAGACCAUGUGGGUAUCCUGGUCCUCAUCAAACAUUUCCCUCUAGAUUUACCAUCCGUGAAUGGUUGUUGCCCAAAACAAAAUUUUGUGUUCUUUUUGGGAGCUGCAUAGUACUCCAUUACCUGCUGCAUUAGUGCCCUGUUGAUGGUCACUUUCAGUUUUUUGCCGUUAAACCACACCUUGAUGUGCACCGUUAUACAUGAGUGUUUGCAGUGUGAGAGCGUAUCUGAGGGUCAGUUCUUGGAUGUGGAAUAGCUUGAUCAAAGCUUUGUGCAUUUUAAAAUGCUGACAGGCUUUUUGACAGGCUUUGUCAGAUGGCUCUGUUAGUUUGCUAGGCCUGCUGUAACCAAGUACCACAAAUUGGGAGGCUUAAACAACAGAGUUACGCUGGCUGCCAGUUCUGGCAUGCAGAUACACUGGGGGCUUUCCUGGGGGCUCAGGUGGUAUAGAAUCUGCCUGUAAUGCAGGAGAGCUGGGUUCAACCCCUGGUUCAACCCCUAGAUCCCCUGGAGAAGGAAAUGGCAACCUGCUCCAGUAUUCUUGCCUGGAGAACUCCAGGGACAGAGGAGCCUGGUGGGCUACAGUCCGUGGGGUCGCAAAGAGUUGGACGCGACUGAGCGACUAACACUGUGACACCAGUUCUGGAGACCAUGAUCCAAGGCCCAGGCCGCAGCAGACUGGCUCCUUGUGGGAGCUGGGAAGCAGAGCCUGUUCCCUGGCUUUGCCUGAGCGCCUGGGGGUUUGCUGGUGAGCUUUGGUGUCCCGUGCCUUGUAGACGCCUCACCCUGGCCUCUGCCUCCAUCUUCGCAUGAUGUCGUCCCGGUGCCUGUGCAUCUCUGUGUUGAAACCUCUCAUUUUUGUAAGACGCCAGUUAUGAUAGAUUAGGGGUCCACAUGCUAGAUUAGGAGUUCAGCCUGCUCCAGAAUGACGUCAUCCUAACUAAUUACGUCCACAAUGACCCUGUUUCCCAGUAAAGUCACAUUUUGUUAGAACUUGAACAUAUGAAUUUGGGGAGGGGGCACAAUCCAUCCAUAAUAAACCUGCCAAUGAAAUACUGACUUAUGCUUCGGAAACUCCCUUUUUGUUUGCAGCCGUUCUUUAGAAAUCAUAUCUUCCUGAACGUUCUUGAAAAGUUUAAAACAAGAGGUGGUGGUGGGAAAUGGAGCCUUUAUAAGGCCUGCGGGCAGACAGAAUUACAGCGUCUGUCAAAGGGUAUCUGGUUGUCUCACGCUGUUGACCGUCGUGAGAAGGGAAAUGGGAGCAAAGCUGUCCCUGUUGAGAGAGUGCCCCUGUGGACGCUGAGGUGAAAGCCACCACUGUGAGCCCUGGGCAGACUGCACAUGCCCACCGCGUGUGUGGUGUGAGCACAGGCAGGAAGUCAGGCUGCACCUCAACUGCCCUUGACUGUGGGAGGCCCAGGAGAGGAGACCGGGGAGAAGCCAGGUCUGUGCCCCCGGCGCAGGGGGCAGGAGGGGCGGAGGCGCCGGUGUGCAGCCAUCUCAACAUCAGCCAGGCGCCCGAGAAUGCCCAGCGCGGGAACCAGGGCAUCAGGAGCAGGGAGGACUCAUGUGCCCCCUUCACAGCAACCAAGGGACUGAAAGCAGCUCUGGACGCCUGAGCGGAGACGCAGGACCCAGGCGGGGCCAGCAGGCAGUCAGUCAGUCAGAAACCAGAGCUGGGACAGUGACGGCCUUGCUUUAUCUCAGAUCCCCAAGGUGACCUGGGCUCUCAGGGACCAGCAGGGAGAGGCGAGACCGCGUCAUGCUCCCCGUCAGCUGUUCCUUCCUGUGUUUUCUCAGCCCGGGGUGCCCUGCGCUCUGCUCACCCUACUUCCUGGUGGGCAGAAAAUCUUGGUAUUACCAGUCUGGGUUGAGGAGAAUAAACCUCAAAAGCAGACAGUGCUCGAAUUUGUUGGGAUUUUGCUUUCGGCAUUAAGGCCAGAGCGGAGGGGCCGCCUUGUCUGGUCUGGGGGUUGGUGAGGUGAAGGUGAAUGCGGUGAAGCGAAGGGGGCAAAUAUAAAUCUGACCCUGAAGGAGGAGAAAGUCAGUUAACUGAGUUGGGGUAAUAGCAAGGUGUAACCCAGGUGAAAAUGAAAGGGAGUUUGAAAACCUGGGAAAGUGGUGGGCUUCACAUGGGAAAAACACUGGCUGUUAUUCACACACUUCAGGGUCUGAGGUCACACAGCUCGGGGAUCCCCUGAGGCCCUUCAGGACCUAGUCCUCUGGCUUGUGAUAAUUCGUGUCCGCCUCUUGCAUCUCUCCUGUGUGGCCUCCUCACAGCUUGGCCUCCCCUGGACCAGCUGCAGGGUGCAUUCUCCUGGCCCAGCCUGAUCACGUCCCUGUCCUUAAUACAGCCCCAAGGCUCCCCACUGCCCUCAGACCGAGACCUGACUCCCAGCACGGCCAGAUGUACUCCCCGCUCACACGGCUGUCCCUUGCACGCACCAUCCUCCCACCCUUGUGCUGGUCCCUCUUCCACGAUCGCCCUCCCUUGUGGCUUCUCAGCUCCCAGGAUCCUCCCCCAUCAGAGUCUUCACCACCUUGCGCUGCACUUGUCUGCUUUCUGGUCUGGCUUCCCCACCAUACCAGGGCAUCCUCAGGGCAGGGCCUGUGUUUCCAGCACAGUAACCCUGCAGCAGCAUACCUCCUGCCACUGAGCUGCAGAGUAAAACGUGAGGCACGUGGUUACUUCCAUCAGAGAGCUACAGGCCCCAACACUGGAGUGACUUGGUUCUAAAAAUCACCCCUGCCAGGCCUGGACGGGAGUUCUGUCCACGGAGUGCGUUCGGGCACCUGAAUCCUUUCCAUGUAGUUUCCUCUCUUGUCCCGCAGGUGCUUGAUGUGUCCGGGGCGGACAUGUUGGCCAAGUCAAUCGCCAACUCCCAG